ACAACAACACAAGGCUCCUCCCACACCGAACCUCCCCGCGCCCUUCACAGCAACCCAAGGAAUCCGGUCCGCCCGGUCCGCCCGGGACGGGGCCGCGCCCCGCGCUCUGCAUCCGACGGGCAGCGCUCCUCGGCGGGUCACUCUGCGCGGGACUCGAUGGAAGCCUCCGCCAACACGCCGACGCGGCUGCUGCUGCUGCUGCUCGCACUCAUCGCCUCUUCCUCCUCCUCCUCCUCCUCUUCCUCCGCGUCCACGCAGAGCUUCUACGGGGACAGCGUGAGCUUCAUGCCCCUCCAGAGCCGAGGGGACAACACGUACCAGGUGACCUUCCAUCGCAGGCAGAACGGGAGGAGCGCGUGUGACGCUCAGUCGUCACACGCGUGUGACAACGGGCUGUUCACGCGCUCCAACCAGUCGGCCGUGCAGCAGACGGACCGGGACGCCACCGGACGGGGGGGCUGGUGUCAGUCCGAGAGACGCACGACGGCCACCGUCUCCACCAACCGCACCUCCUUCUCCCUGAGGGACUCGGGUUGCUGCUGGACGUCCAACAUGGAGGGGCAGACGAACUGGACGUCCCACGCAGAGUUGGACCUGGGCAGCCGAUCCGACUCACAGGCUCUCAACGGCUGUCCCGUCAGCACCACGGUGUCCUCUCUCCGGGUGCCUCAGAACUGCUUCUCAAGGAUCCAACUUCUGGCCCACGACCCGGACGGAGAUCACGUGAGAUGUCGCUUCGCCUCCAACGCUUCCGCUCCGGCAAACUUCACCAUGGACGAGACCGGGUGUGAGCUGAGGGCUGCGGGUCUCGUUGCCGUAGGCGACCACGUGUUCGAGCUGUUUCUGGAGGACUUUCCUCGCCAAAACCUGACUUUGAGGUACGCGGGCGGAGCGUCGGUGUGGCGGGAAGCCUCCGACAUGAACGCACCGCCUCUCUGCAAAGUCAUGCUGCAGUUCUCCCUGAAGAUUCUUCCUCCCAUCGCCUCCUGUGAAGCCGGCCACGGGCUCCCCGUGUUCUUGUCCCGGACUCCUUCUCACAGAGAUGUUCUCUUUGCCACCGUGGGUCAGAUGUUCCAGCUUUCUGCCCGAGCACAGGCUCACCAUACCAGCAUCCACGACUUCCAGGUCAGCGGCCCCCAGAACAUGAACAAAGUGUUCAAAGACGAUCAGAACGGAGAAGCUGAAGUGACUCUGAGCUGGACUCCGGAGCUCAGCGACCUGUACAGAUCCGUCCCAGUCUGCUUCACGGCAGAGACGAAUGAAACACAAACAGAGAUGCGGUGCGUCGUUAUCAUGGCGACCCAAGCGGCUGUCGUUCAAGGCCAGGCCAGCGUCACCUGCUCGCCCAACAAGAUGAUGGUCGCUCUGGAGAAAGCCUCCAUGCCCGGAAUCGACGUGAACUACCUGAAGCUGAGGGACACGUCCUGCUCGCUCACCGCCAACGCCACCCACAUUUUGGGCGUUAUGUCGUUCAGCACCUGUGGCACAAAACUGGAGGAUCAGGGCGACUUUCUCAUUUUCCAUAAUGAGAUAAACUCCUAUGUGCUGCCAACCGAGGUUAUAAUCCGAAGGAAGAAAGUUAAGAUUGACAUCAAUUGCCAGUUUCCGAAGACAAUCAGCAUCUCCAGCUACUUCAACCUCCAGAAAUCUGACUAUAUCUUCACCGAGUCCAGCUUUGGCAGCUUCGGCUACACUUUUGAGAUAUUCACCAACAGCAACUUUACAAGCAAGGUGGCCGCCAGCGCCUAUCCGGUGGAGGUCAGGCUGCUGGAGAUGAUUUACAUGGGCAUUCAGGCAGAAUCAGAUCUACCAAACGUGAAUUUGUUUGUCGAAUCAUGCAAAGCCACUCCUGAUGAUAAUCCGGGCAACACCCUCUCCUACGACCUCAUCAAGAACGGGUGCCAAGUGGACGAGACAAUUAUCAUCCACAAAUCGAAUGAAACUUCAUUCAACUUUGAGGUUCAAGCCUUCAAAUUUACAGGAAACUAUGACCAGGUGUACAUCACCUGCUCUGUCAUCCUGUGCGAGGCUGGGAGUUCCUUUUCCAGAUGUGCCCAGGGUUGUCUAAACGAUCCGUCCCGGCGCAGACGCAAGCGAUUGGCAAGCAGGGAGACAGUUGGACACUUCAUUACCCAGGGUCCUUUGCGGUUUGUCGGACAGGCUGUUCCCAAUAUAGCUGUGGAUGAUAACGGCACUGAGAUGAAAAAGAGUGACCCUCCAGCUGCAGUGAACCCUCCACCAGUUUAUCCAGACAUUAAAUCCAGCGAAGGAGUUUGGGGAAUCAAGAAGGCCCUCAACAACAUCAGCACUGCGGUCUUUGCCAGCACCUUCUGCGUGUCACUGGUGUUGAUGGCUACGCUCAUUGGUUACUUCAUGAGAAAGAGAAGAGAUGAAGAUCGCAAAUCUCUUUUAGUUUCACAGUGGGAAAACUAAACCCAACUAAUGUCAGUUACUAUUUGUUUUAUUUUGUCUUUCUCCAAAUAAUAUUGUCUGUAUGUAGAUUCAGUCAUGAUCAGGUCUGGAAGUCUGCAUCACCGUCAGCCUGCCAUGCUUUGACUAACUCGCACCAGAAAUCUCUAUUGCAGUCAACGACUACUUACAACAUAUUUUGCAAUGUGUGGGAUAGUGGACCUUUUUUGAACCAGCCUUUGAACUUAGGGCAGAAACUAUGUGCGUUCAUGCAGGGAUCGGCCUGAUUUUCAUACCCCUACUUCAAUAUACGUUGGAAUGUUUUUUCUUGAGAUCUCUUCCAUCAGAUGGCCAGAAUGAACGGGAGGGGGUACUGCAGAAGACAUUACCUGUUUCAUUGUUCAUAUUAACACCUGACUGUGGUUGAAAGACUCAAACAGUUAUAUGACGGGCAUUCCUGGUGGUGGAUUGUACUACGGUGCAUAAUGAUAUAUCCCUGAAAUUAAUCUGGAUAGUGUAGCCCUACCUCUUCCUUGAUUCCUGUGUAACUCUAAAAUGAAGACCAUAAUAACCAACCUUAACCUGUUAAACACCAGCGCCCUCUGGGAGAAUACUUAUCAGAUAACUGCCUCAAUGAAGUCACAAAUCACAAAGUUACAUUUUAUGUUGCAUAUCCUAUUAAACAUCAGGACCUGGGCUACCAGUUGAACUAAACUCCCCCCAAAAAAUGAUUACCAGAUGUCAACAUUCCCACCUGAGAAAUUGCACAGAAAGUGCGCAGAUGUUUAAAAAAAAUGACCAGGUUUUAACAGGUUAGAGCCAAUUCAAUUGUUAGUACAAUUGUCACUAACAAUUGUUAUUAGUUAUCUUGUACAACGGCGAGGAAACCAUUCGCACGCCCACACGCAGCUCAGUAUUCACUGAAUAACUUUUGGUUUCUAGAAUUUAAAGAACGUUUUUACAGCUCAUUUGCAUCAUUUUUCAUUAUAUUUACCAGACAAAUUUGGAAAUACAAUACAGGAUAGAAUAGAUUUAUGCAUUAUAUAAACCUUCCAUUCUAUGUCUUUCUUAAAUAAUAAACAAUUCUUUGUGUGUUAUUGUGAGUGUGUGCAAUGUAAUUAUUCAGGGAUAAUGCCAGCAUGCUAAUGCCAGCAACAUGGGUGUAUGUUAAGGAAUAAAUGUAUAAAAACACCUAA